AUGUCUAAAAAACUGAACACGAGCGUGGGCGGAACACCCACAAACACGCUGUUUAACUAUUUCAGCAAGUCACCAGCCGUUGACAAAAAAAAUGUUGUCCCCACCUUAAAAGCGGAGCUAACGCACUCUGCCAGAACAGCCUGUGAAAAGGAGAAUCUCAAGAAUGGCAAGAACUUGGAAUUGGAGAAUGAGACCAAGCCUUCUGCAAAGAGGAAGUUGCCUGUUUCAGCUGCGUCUGAUGAGGAAGAGCUGGGUGGUCGGCGCAAAAGAAAACGCAUCAUUCAACCCGAGUCAGAGAGCGAAGAUGAGAUGGAGGAGACCAAAUCUGAAGACGACUUUUCCGGCGACGAGUCUGACUAUGAGCCGGACGAAAAGGAGGAUGCUGCGAGUGAAGAAAGUGAGAGUGGAGACGAUGAGGUUAAUGAAUUUACAGAAAACAAAGACUUGGAAGACGAUCUCACGGCCAGCAAAGGCUGCAGGAAAGACAAAAACUAUAAUAAUAACAACAAUGAGCCUGUGGGACAAAAGGUUAAACUGGCAGAAGGCUCCACUUUCCAGGAGAAGCUAAAAAACAUUCAGAGCAAUGUGAAACAGGACGCGGCUUACGAUGAUAUAGUGACCACUUCCUCCAACCUUGAUGAGCCUGUGGUGUGGCCUCAUCAGAAACUCGAGUUCUUGCAGUCGGACAAGAUUAAGGACAAGGAGGGCAGGCGUCCAAACCAUCCGGACUACGACAAGAGCACUCUGUAUGUUCCCGAAAAGUUUCUGAACUCCCUGACGCCAGGCGUGCGGCAGUGGUGGGUUCUGAAGUCAACCAACUUUGACUGCGUCCUGUUCUUUAAAGUGGGAAAAUUCUAUGAGCUGUACCAUGGUGAUGCCGAUGUGGGUGUACACGAGCUGGGAUUUACCUAUAUGCGUGGCGAAUUUGCUCACUCUGGUUUCCCGGAAAUAUCCUUUGACAAAAUGUCCACCAUCCUGGUAGACAGGGGCUACAAGGUGGCUCGAGUGGAGCAAACGGAAACGCCCGACAUGGUGACAGAAAGAUGCAAGCACAUAAAGGCCACCAAGUUCGAGAAGGUCGUGGCACGUGAGAUCUGCCAAAUCACAAAUCGGGGAACUCAGGUUUUCGGGUCGCAGUGUAAAAUCGGUCCCAAUCAUCAGCCCAACUACAUGUUGGCCGUAGUGGAGCAAGACGAGGGCACGUUUAGCAACUAUGGCAUUUGCUUUAUAGAUACAAGCAUUGGGGACUUUCACCUGGGCGAGUUCGAAGACGAUAAGAACUGCUCUCGAUUGCUUACGCUGCUCUCCCAUCACAUGCCUGUCCUUCUUCUCAAUGAGAGAUGCGGCCUCAGCUUGCGCACGCAACAAGUCGUACGCACCGUUCUUGGAGGAAUACUUAGGGAACAGCUGCCUAGCAAUGGUGCUCAUGUCUGCAGCGCUGAGAAGACACUAAAGCUGUUGGCUGAGCGAUACUAUGCCGGAAAUGGAUCAAAUGACAACUGGCCUUUGGUUCUCCGCACUAUGCAGUCCGAUUUGGAUCACUUGGGUCUUACGCCCUCCAACAGCUACAAGCUGGCAUUGAAAGCUCUGGGUCAGUGCAUAUUUUUCAUAAAAAAGUGUUUGCUGGAGCCGAAAGUACUUCCUAUGGCUCGCUACCAACUCUAUGUGCCGCCCGAUCAGCUGGCGGAGGCAAAGCCCGCAGUGGCCUCUAACCUGAGACGCUUGCACAUGGUUCUCGAUUCGACAACACUUUCAAACUUGAGGAUCAUCGGCGAAGAACAUACCCUGCAGUCCACCCUGGAUCACUGCUGCACCAAGUUCGGAAAGCGGCUGCUGCACCACUGGCUCUGUGCCCCCAGCUGCGAUGAAGAAGUGAUAAAAGAGAGACAGGCUUCCAUUGGAGAGCUGUUGCGGCUGCCCAGUGAGCUGCAGGAGAUGCGGGCAAUGCUGGCUCCCAUGCCGGACUUCGAGCGCAAUUUAGCGCAAAUUCAUCUGUUCGGCAACAGGCAAGUCAAACAGAUGGCUCACCCUGACUCACGGGCUAUUCUCUUCGAGGAGAAGAUUUACAACAAACAGAAGCUAGUGGGCUUUAUGGCGGUUCUCAAGGGAUUCAAUUCCCUGACCAAGCUACCUCUGAUGUUCCAGCAGUGUGAAUCUCCACUGCUCAAGAGAAUUACACAGUUGGCUCCCUCAGGAGGAGUAUUUCCCAAUCUGUGCGAGGAGCUGCGGUACUUUUCCACUGCCUUUGACCAUGAUGCAGCUGCCAAGACGGGAGUAAUCGCGCCUCAGCCCGGAAUGGAUGCAGAAUAUGAUUUGGUCAUGGAUCGCAUUGAUGAGAUUGAGAAACGCUUAAAGACCUACCUCGUGGAGCAGGAGCGUCAUUUUGGAUGCCGUGUUACCUACUUUGGUUCCGAUAAAAAACGGUACCAAUUGGAUGUUCCUGAAUCGCAUGCCCACAAGGCCAAUAAAUCGUAUUCCCUGGAAGGUCAGGCUAAGGGUAAGAAGCCCUCGCGUCGUUACACAACGGCAGAGACCAAGGUCCUUCUCAAGGACAUGCAGCAGGCAGAAGAGGCCAAGAACGUAGUGCUGCAGGACUUGGCUCGCCGGCUCUUCGAGAAGUUCUCCUAUCAUUAUGAACUGUGGAAGCAGUGCAUCGACUGUGUCGCCAACCUGGAUGUGUUGGGCUCCCUGGCGGAGUAUGCCAGGCAACAGAUAGUCAUCUGUGUACCAGAGCUGGUCUCUGGAGUAGAUCAGCCGUUCAUCGAACUGGAGGAGGGCUAUCAUCCCUGUGUGAAUGCCUCCACCUACAUUCCCAAUGGACUGGAAUUGGGUACCAAAACGAAAGCCCCCCUAUCCCUGUUGACUGGGCCCAAUAUGGGUGGCAAGAGUACGUUGAUGCGCGAACUGGGACUGCUGGUGAUCAUGGCACAGAUUGGGGCUCACGUACCAGCAGCCAGCUGUCGACUUUCCUUGGUGGAUCGAGUUUUCACGAGGCUAGGCGCCCAAGAUGAUAUUUUGGCCGGGCAUAGUACGUUCCUGGUGGAGCUUAAUGAGACUUCUCUUAUACUGAAACAUGCCACAUGCCAUUCGCUGGUGCUGCUCGACGAGUUGGGCAGGGGUACAGCCACUUACGACGGCACAGCCAUUGCCGCUUCUGUGGUCAAUUUCCUUGCGAAUCUCAAGUGUCGCACCCUCUUCUCCACGCACUACCAUAAUCUAAUCGAUUACUUUCACAACGACCGUAGGAUCGCCCUCGGUCACAUGGCCUGCAUGGUGGAAAAUGAGGGUACCACAGACCCCACUCAGGAAACGGUUACGUUCCUCUACAAGUACACGGCUGGUGCUUGUCCCAAGUCGUAUGGCUUCAAUGCGGCUAAAUUGGCUGGCAUGCCCCAGGCCAUUAUAAAGCGGGCCUUUGAGCUCUCCAAGAAAGUGGAGGCCAUUGCCCUGCAACGCAAGAUUACGGCAAAGAUAGUAGCUUCCCCGGGUGAGAAGGACUUCAAGCAGCAGAAACUAAAUACGUUAAAGGACUUAUUACAGCAGCUGAAAAUGUGUCAUGUCUAAGUAAAAUUAGGAUCAAGCGGAUACAUUCUGAGCUUUAAUUUGUACUGAUUUUGUUGAACAUUGUCAGAAUUGGUCAUUUUAUUUUUGUAUUUGUAUUAUUAAUUUUUGGCUUUUUCCCAAUGCCAGUUCGGCUUUUCCCCAAAAUGCCGUUGGAGAAUACGUUUAUUUUUUGUUCAUUCUGUAAUCCAUGAGAUAUUUCUUUCGUCUGAAACAUGUUCGUAAUUGUACUUAGGUUAAUUAAGAUUUAUGUUUUUCAUUUGAGUAGGAGACUCGAUUAAACAUUAUACUUUGUCCUACCA